GCAAUCGGUGUUUGAAAUAAAUUUUCGAUCCAUAACACUCAUUGUGAACGUUAGUGUGUAUGUAGUCUGUACAUUUGAAUCUUAAAUUUUCAUUUUAUUGAAAUUUGUUGAGAUAGUUUUUGUCAUAAAGUGUUAUUAUCUCAUUUAAACAGUUGUUUACUCUGCUGUGUAUUCAAACAAUUGCAAAGACAUUUGAUAAAACUUUCUGGCUGAAUUUAUAAUUUUGCUACCGCUACAAUACCGUUUACUAUGUGAUCUACGUCAAUUCUUUGCCAGUGCGAUUGCGGAAAGUAGUUGCUAAUUUAUAUUGUAGCAUAUUUGCCAAAUGCCACCGCAAAUUCAUGAUCGUCACGACUAACUGAGCAACAUGCACGCCGAAAAUAUCGACUCCAAUAAUUUUGGUCUGACCGAUUAUGCAGUUUUCAUUAUUUUGCUGCUCAUUUCGAGUGGCAUCGGUGUCUACUAUGCGAUAAAAGACACAAGAGCCAAGAAAACGGCCAGACAAUUUCUGACGGCUGAACGUUCCCUUCACUGGUUCCCCGUGUCAAUCAGCCUGAUGGCAUCGUUUCAAAGUUCGGUUACCAUAUUGGGCUAUCCGGCGGAAAUGUAUUUGAGAGGAACUCAGUUCUGGAUCGUAAUCGUUUCAUCAACGAUGGCAGCUCUGGCAGCGGCUGAAAUUUUUUUGCCCGUGUAUUAUGACUUGAAUCUUUCGUCCGUAAAUCAAUAUCUGAAAAUUCGCUUCAAUUCGGAGAAGGUUAGACUAGCUGCGACGUUCACUUUUCUGUUUGCAACGGUACCUUACAUGGGAGUUGUUAUAUAUGGACCGUCACUCGCCUUGAGUUCAGUAACACCACUCAGUACCGCCGCGUCGAUAUUGUUGAUCGGACUCGUCUGUACAUUUUACACUUCAAUUGGUGGCCUAAAGUCGGUCCUGGCAACUGAUAUCCUUCAGGUGAUGAUGAUGUAUGCCGGUCUUUUGUUGGUCAUAUUCAGGGGUUUCUAUUUAGUUGGUGGAAUCGAUGAAGCAUUCCGAAUAGCUAAUGAAAACGGACGCAUCCAAUUUUUCAAUGUUGGAUUUGAUCCGUACGCAACGAACAAUCUGUGGAACUGCGUUUUCGGUAUGGGCUUAAUGUGGAGUGCCAACUAUUGUUGCACACAAACCGAGGUAGCUAGAUAUUGUAAUGUAAAUAGCAAGAAAAAGUCUAAAUUAGCUUUGUACGUGAAUCUCAUUGGUGUUGCAUCGAUGAUAAGCUGUGCUUGUUUAGCAGGUAUUGCCAUUUAUGCAUUCUAUUCCAAAUGCGAUCCACUUGAGAGAGGUGUAAUCACCAAGACUGACCAGCUAAUGCCGUACUUCGUAAUGGAAACGUUACAUCAAUUUCCUGGCGCAGCCGGUCUAUUCGUGUGUUGUGUGUUCAGUGCAGCUUUGAGCACCUUAUCGUCCGGUUUCAAUGCACUGGCGGCUGUUACAUGGGACGACAUUUUAUCGAAGACGCGCCUAUCCAAAUUAAGUGAACUGAAGAUAAAAACGAUCACCAAACUAACGGCCAUAAGUUAUGGCUUGAUGAGCAUCGGCAUGGCAUUUUUUGUUGGUUUGAUUGGAUCAGUACUGAAAGCUGCCAUAUCGCUGGCUGGUGCACUGAUGGGACCAUUGUUGGGAACUUAUUUACUGGGCGUUAUCUGUCCAUUUGCAAACGCAGUCGGUGUUCUCACCGGUUUGGUUAUUGGUGAAGCAUUCGGCCUGUUCGUGUUGUGUGGUUCGAUUUUGUAUCCGAAAACUACUGAUCAACUGCCGACUACAACGGAUGGUUGCCAGUUUAAUGUCACAUCCGUUUACAAUCACACUCUGAACAUUGAAUCACCGGUUGCGGUCGAAGAGAUGUUCCUAUUGAAAAUAUUUCAUCUUGCGUUCCUUCUAGUACCCGUGUCGGGCUUUGUCAUUAGUUAUAUUGUUGGCUUUGUAGUUUCGUUGGCCACUGGUGGCUUAGACGAAGUUAAUCAAGUCAAUCCGUUGCAUUUAAAUCCAAUAGCGUGGCACAUUUGGCCAAAAAAAUGUGUACCAAUAGCGACCAGAAGUGCUGUGCCAUCUACCGAUGCAGCGAAGCAAUGAGAAUUCAUUUUGGAUUAAUAAAAAAGAAAAUCGAAAUCGA